CGCGCGGCGCUCGGGCGGGCGGCGUGGUUGCGUCCUGCGGUCGGGCGCGCGGCGUGCACCGUCCGCCCGGGGACCCUUGCCCGUCGCGACAGGCUUGCUCUCCCGCAGGUACCGGGGCUCUCCGGUCGGCCGGGCGUCCCCCGCGGGCGGCGCGAUGGCGGAAGCGGCGGCGGGGGCCAGCGGGGAGGCCAUGGCGGCGCUGGUGGCCGCGGAGGGCUCCUUCGGGCAGGCGGGCUGGUCGGCGGGCCGGAGUUUCUCCAACUACCGGCCGUUCGAUCCCCAGACCCUGGGCUUCGGCCCGAGCUGGCGGCUGACGAGCUUCUCCGGCAUGAAGGGCUGAGGCUGCAAGGUCCCCCAGGAGACGCUGCUCAAACUCCUGGAGGGACUGACGCGGCCCGCGCUGCAGCCCCCGCUGGCCCCGGGUCUGCUCGGGGGGCAGGAGGAGGCGGUGCAGGACGCGGGCCUGGCCGCCCGGCCCGGCCCCGGCUCGGCCUUCCCGUCGCUGAGCAUCGGGAUGGACUCGUGCGUCAUCCCCCUGAGGCACGGCGGCCUGUCGCUGGUGCAGACCACCGACUUCUUCUACCCCCUGGUGGAGGACCCCUACAUGAUGGGGCGCAUCGCCUGUGCCAACGUGCUCAGCGACCUCUACGCCAUGGGCAUCACGGAGUGCGACAACAUGCUGAUGCUGCUGAGCGUCAGCCAGAGCAUGAGCGAGAAGGAGCGCGAGAAGGUGACGCCGCUCAUGAUCAAAGGCUUCCGCGACGCUGCGGAGGAGGGCGGGACCGCGGUGACGGGCGGACAGACCGUGGUCAACCCUUGGAUCAUCAUCGGUGGGGUGGCCACUGUGGUGUGUCAGCAGAACGAGUUCAUCAUGCCCGACAGUGCGGUGGUGGGGGAUGUGCUGGUGUUGACCAAACCCUUGGGGACCCAGGUUGCCGCCAAUGCCCACCAGUGGCUGGAGAAUCCCGAGAAAUGGAGCAAAAUCAAGAUGGUGGUCUCCAGGGAAGAAGUCGAGUUGGCCUAUCAGGAAGCUAUGUUCAAUAUGGCCACCCUGAACCGAACUGCCGCCGGCCUGAUGCACACCUUUAAUGCCCACGCGGCGACGGACAUCACGGGCUUCGGCAUCUUAGGACACUCUCAGAACCUCGCAAAACAACAGAAAAACGAGGUGUCCUUUGUCAUCCACAAUCUGCCAAUCAUUGCCAAGAUGGCUGCCAUCAGCAAAGCCAGCGGGCGCUUCGGCCUCCUCCAGGGAACGUCAGCGGAGACCUCCGGGGGACUACUGAUCUGUCUGCCGAGAGAACAAGCGGCCCGCUUCUGCUCAGAGAUCAAAUCUUCCAAAUACGGAGAGGGUCACCAAGCCUGGAUCGUUGGCAUCGUGGAGAAGGGAAACCGCACAGCCCGCAUCAUCGACAAGCCUCGGGUUAUUGAAGUUCUACCUCGGGGAGCCGCCGCCGCCGCCACUGCUCCCGCUCCGGAGAAUUCCAACGCAGCCUCUGAGCCUAGUUCAUGAAACGGAAGAGCAGAAGCCAUUUCGAACUCAGAGCCGAUCCACACGCUCACAGACUGUUGACUGGGCUUGAUUUUAAGACCUUUGCAAAGGCUGCCUGCCCAAGGCAGGUGCCCUUGCUAGGCCCGUCAGAAGUCACAUGGGGAGGGGGGGUUGUUCCACCUGUUGAGUAGAGGCGGAGCAGGGACCCUUUCCCCAAAGCGAGAUGAGGCUAUUCCAGUUGGAGGAAUUUUUCUUUGCACUGAGAUGAUUCAUUUCUGCACAGGGAAGUGUGAUUAUUAAGCUUACACAUGGAAAAAGUAAACUGCAACAUGAAAAAAAAUUAUUUGGACCAACAUAUUGAUAAGUCUAAAUUGUUAGAACUCUUACUGAUUCAUUGUCAAAUUCGUUAUUAAUUUUUUAGAGAAACCGCCCCUCUUCCUGUCCUGGACAAGAGUUGAGCAACUUGUCCAACUAGGAAAGGAAGAGGGCAGCCACCUGAUUUGGUCUCUGCUGAUGACGUCUCUCCCUCUAACUCCGACAGGACUGGGAGAGGCUGACUAACCCUCAGAGCCAGAUGUUGGUGGGCAUUAAGAUACUAAAUCUUACACCGAAUUCCCGGAGAUUCAAUUAAUAAAGACAAUUUCUUACAGCUAACUAAAUAAAAGGGACUUUGUUGGAAAAUG